CUACACGAUAAAACACGAUAAACAUCAAAUACAAUUUCUUUAAAAAGUUCUCGUUUUUAAAGUGAUAUUCAGCCAGUCGGGGAAUUAAGAUGCUCAUCCCAGAAGUGGACAUGUGGAAUGUGUCCAAGAGUAGUCGUAUACACCGUCUGACAAUCUUUAAAUGCGACAAACCUGGUCUAAAAGUUCUGGACUACGCCUCAGUGCGGGGAGUUGAUGCUUUUUACUUGGACUGCCAGGACUACAGGGAUCACUUCAAAGACCCUUAUAACAGGGUACACAAGCCAGCGAGAUUCAGGUCGUUUGGCAAUUGCGGCAAGAACUUGGAUCCCGACGUUCAUCUCCUUGCCAUGCCGCCCUUGUGGGGUGUCGAUCGCCAGCCCAUCGUCUACCCGAUCGACUACCAAUCCGAUAUGGCACUAGGUAGAAGGGACUGCGAUCACAUCAAGGCAUAUUGCUCUCCAACCGAGAGCCUGAGCUUCAAGCGAUAGUGUUUGUCCAACCUCUGAAUUUUCACUGUUACUAUAUGGUUUAAAUACAGUGUUCAGCAUUGCAAAACGUAA